UAAACAAAACCCAGCAACAAUCCAAUCCAUUAUUUGUUUGCCCCAGUAAAAUUGAAUCCUAUUCUGCUGCUUCAUAAACCCCGUGUUACGAAUAAUCGCAAGAAGAAAUAUCGUUCCUUCGACAAUGGCGGAUGAUCAUUCGGAUAGUUCACUUACAUCGAUCGAUGAUGAGCGGACGGACAAUACGGAAAAUCUAUGCGAAAACCCAACCCGAGACAUCCUGACCGAGGGCUUCUUUCGCCUCUUCAAACCGGUUAUCGACGAUCUGGAAAACAAUAUUCGUGGUGCAAGCAAAACGCAGAGCGAGCUACGUCAGCAGCUGGAAGAAUUGUCUGGUGAGAUGAAGAAUCUUAACUUCGAGAACGAUCCGGUAUUGCACGAAUAUUUCAAACGUAUGGUGCGCGUCAAGCAGAAGGUUGUUGUGAUAAUGAACAUCCUGCAGGGUGCACAGGAAAGGCUCGUGAUGCUGUGCCAGCAGCAGGAACUUCAAGCACCCAUCGUCCCCAGUUCGUGAAUAUGGCGUAUUACCAAAGCUAGUAUAAUGUUUAAUUUUACGUAGCCGUUAAUUUUCAUUCCAACACAAAUAUAUACUUGUUUGCUUACUA